GCUCAAGCGGCGGAGCGCCGUCUUCUGCAGCGAGAUGUCCUCGACGGGCAUGGAGCGUCUGCUCCGCCAGGCCAGGGAGAUCCAGGACGGGGAGCUGAGCAAGUUCUGUGCCCGGAUAACCAAGCUGCUGCAGCAGCAGGACUCGGGGGCCGAGGCCGUGGAUGCCCUGCAGAGGCUGCUGCUCAUCCUCUCAGCGACAAAGUACCGCAGGAAGCUGGAGCAGCCCUGUAUGAACCUGCUGCAGACCACCCUCUGCUCGACCACAGCGCCCCCACAGCUCCAGCUCCUCUGUGCCGCCAUCCUGCGGGAGAUGGCCCCUGUCGAGGGCCUGGCCCUGACCUGUGAGCAAGCCCACAACAGCCACACCCUGAGCCUGGUGGCUUCUGUGCUUCUUGCCCAGGGUGACAGGCAGAAUGAGGUGGGCAGUGUGGGGCGACAUGCCCUGCAGCUUCUGGAGGCCCGGCCACCUGAAGGCCCUGGGCCUCGGCUUCUGCUCCCUGUGCUGUCGAAGGUCGUUAGCCUCUCGCCAGGCAUCUUGCCUGAAGGUAGUUGGUUCCCGCCUGGGUCUGGGGAGGGCUUGCUUUGGCAGCUGGCCCAGGACCGCUCCCACCUCCCCCGUUGUGGCACACUCGUGCACUUGUCCUGGCUGUGCAACGGUGGCACGGUGCCUGGCCCUGCAGACACUCAGUACCCGCUGCUUUCAUCCCCUGAUGUCCAGCCCAAGACCUGCCCCUCUUGCCCUCGCAGCCCAGGUGGACCUGCUGCACCGGAGGCUAGUGGGCUGGCUGCGCUAUGCCAGCACCCAGCAGGGGUCAGCGCAGCUCCCUGGGAGCGGCUUCUCUGCAGCUCGGACAAGCCCGGGCUGGUCACUGAGGUGGACGGGUCAGUGGCCACGGACUUCUUCACGGUGCUGUCCACGAGCCAGCGGUUCACAGAGGACCAGCGUCUCAAUGUGCUGGUUUUCUCCAUGCUGCGCACCUGGCUGCUGCUUGGCCUCCCCGCUGGCUUGACGGCUGUGGAGGCAGACGACAGGUCAGAACUGGAGGGCUCCACCCAGUCCGUGCUCUCAGCCGCCAGCGCCACCGCCAGCCGCCUCUUGCCUCCCCAGCAGCAGCUGCGGGCCGGGGCCUUCGAAUACUGCCAGCGCAUCCUGGAGCAAAGCGGGCGGCGGGCCCUGCGGAGAGCAGACUCGGACCUACAGAAGGCGUGCCUGGUGGAGGCCGUGCUGCUGCUGGACCUGCUGUGCAGACAGGAGCCCUCCUUCCUGUACCCCACCCUGCCCUGCCUCAAAGCCCUGCUGGGCCGUCUGGGUGGGGACCCGAAGCAGGCCCGCACCCUGCUGCCUGUUGCCCGCUUCCUGCUGAGUCACGGGGAGGCAGCUGCCGUGGACUCUGAGGCUGUGUGCCGACACCUCUUCACCUCCGUGCCGGCUGAGCUCUUCCCCUGCCCCAUGCUGGCCUUUGAGCUCGUCCAGUUCUGCAGAGACAGCCUGCACAUCCUCGGCCCUGGCCUGGGCCUCCUCAAGCCCAGCUUCCCGAACCUCCUCAAGCUCCUGGCCUGGCACAGCCCCGCCCUCACCUCGGAGUUCGUGGUGCUGCUCCCGUCACUGGUGGACGCGGGCACGGCCGUGGAGCUGCUGCAUGCCCUGCUGGACCUGCCCUGCCUGACCGCAGCCCUGGACCUGCAGCUCCGGUUAUCCCCAAUGACCUCAGAGUGGCCACUCUGGGACAUCUCCCUCCGGCCCACUAGCUGCUUGGAGGGCUUCCGGGACCCUCACUUCCAGCCACUCUUCCAGUUCCUGCUGCGAAGCAAGGCGGCUGGCAGCACCCUGAGGCUAGCCCCGCUGUACCGCCUCCUGCAGCCCCUGGCCGGCUGCGCCCGUGUGUUCCAGUGCGCCCAGGCCGUGCCCACCCUGCUCCAUGCCUUCUUCUCAGCUGUGCCCCACGUGGCCGACGCAGCCCUGAUGUCCCAGCUGGCACUAGCACUGCUGGAAAGGAGCGGCUCACUGUUCCCGGUGCCGCAGUACGAGGACCGCGUACACAGGGUGCUGAGCACACAGCUCCUGGGUUUGUGCAGGCUGCGCCCGGCGCUGGUGGUCGAACUGGCCAGGGACCUGCUGGGCUUCGCAGGCAGUGUGAGCGGCAUCCGCAGCCAGGAACCCAUGUUCACAGCUGUGGUGUGGGCUGCUGGCGAAUACCUGACCGUGGCCCACGACAGGCGCUGCACCGUGGAGCAGGUCACCCGGUUCUUCGAAGCCCUGGAGGCCCUGCUCUUUGAGGUCACCCAGUCCCGGCGCUCAGCCAGUCCUCCCCAAUGCCAGCCACAGGUCAUCACCGUCCUCAUGACCACGCUGACCAAGCUGGCCUCACGGAGCCAGGACCUGAUCCCCAGGGUCUCCCUGCUCCUGUCCAAGCUGCGCACCCUGCCUGUGGGCCCUGGGGAUGAGGACACGGAUGCUGUCCGCACCAGGGCCACGGAGCUGACCAACCUGCUCAAAAUGCCCAGUGUGGCCCAGUUCGUGUUCUCGCCAGGCCCAGAGGCCAACAGCUCGCGCUUCCACCGUGAUGCCACCACCGCGCUGCCCUUGGCCCUGCGCACUGUCAGCCAGCUGGUGGACAGGGAGACCAGCCUCCUGCCAGCGUAAGGAUGCUGCCCAGACCGGCCACUCGGCCUGGGACACAACCCCCUGGACACACCGGGGCCUCACUGGCCAGGGCUCACCAAGCUGCCCGCCACCUGUGGCCCCCUUACCCACACAGCUGUGUUCCUCCAGCGCCCUUCCGGGAGGCUCUGGGGGCGCAGCUCCGGCACCAGACGUCAGAAAGACUCCUUUAUUAGCUGUGUGCUCGCUCCAUAAAGCCCGGCAA